AUGGACGCCCAGGACGGAGCAGACCUCUGCUUUCCACAGCUCAUCAACACCUCCUGCAAGAAGCCUGCAUUUCCUCAAACUGAGGAUCUGAUCCUAUAUGUUGCGAUGUUCCUCAUCUCUCUGGUCACUGUUGUUCUCAACCUGCUCGUCAUCAUCUCAGUCUCCCACUUCAGGCAACUCCACACACCCACUAACAUCCUCCUGCUCUCUCUGGCCGUCUCAGACUUGCUCGUGGGCUUCCUGUUGACGCCGAUAGAAAUCAAAAGAAAAACAGCCUGCUGGUUUGUCGGUGAUAUAAUGUGUUCUCUGCAUGGCUAUCUGUCCUGCAACAUUGUUAUUGUGUCAAUAGGAAAUAUGGUUCUCAUAUCAGCUGACCGAUAUGUGGCUAUCUGUGACCCCCUGCACUAUCCCACCAAAUUUACUGUCACGAGAGUGAAGGUGUGCGUUUGUCUGUGUUGGCUUUAUUCUAUUCUGUACAGCGGUCUCAUUGUGCUUGAUGACCUCAUGCACCCAGGUAAGUAUAAUUCCUGCUAUGGAGAAUGUGUGAUCGUCAUCACUUUUAUUGCAGGAGUUAUUGACCUUGCUUUCACAUUUCUUCUUCCCGUUUCUGUCAUCAUAAUUCUGUACAUGAGUGUAUUUGUGGUGGCUGUGUCGCAGGCUCGUGCCAUGCGCUCUCAUGUUACAGCCGUCACACUUCAGGUGUCAGCAAGUCUGACAGCAAAGAAAUCUGAGCUGAAAGCAGCCAGGACUCUGGGCAUUCUCGUUAUUGUGUACCUGAUGUGUUUUUGCCCGUUUUACUGCGUCCUACUUGCAGGUGACAGCACUUCUUCUGCAUCUUUUAUUGCCUUCGUGUUUUAUUUUAACUCCUGCUUAAAUCCAAUGAUCUACGCCCUGUUUUACCCCUGGUUUAGAAAAGCUGUUAAACUCAUCGUCACUCUGCAGAUUCUGCAGCCUGGCUCCUGUGAGGCCAACAUACUGUAG